UGGUCCGUAUGCGGUAGGCAAAAGACUCAGUCCGCGUAUCAGAGGGGCGCGAAGGUGCGGGUGCAUCAAGUUAUGGAGGAGGGUUGCGCCACGUCGACCAGCACCGACAAGCUUCUCGAUCCCGCUAGUCAACUUAGAGAAUUGAUCGAGACGUCGGGACACCUGAUACCCGACCCCCUACUCGUUCCCAGGGACUAUCUGCCGGGCCUCGCGGCCGCCCCGGCCGCCGAGAUCCCCAAACUGUUGGCCUCGAGGCCCGAGCUCAGGUUGCCGGAAGCGUUGACCAGGCCGGAUCUCCUCCGAGAUCCGGAUCUGUUGGUGAUAUCGUUGGCCCAUCUUCAGCACGUGCUAGAUCACGGCGAGGGGCCGGUGUCCAGGUCGCGGCAAUCGUCGCAUCCGAGGAUCAACAACGGGGCGAGCAACAAAGGGGGGCCCGGUGGUCACGCGAGCAACGGGAGGAAGAACGCGCUGCAAACGAGGCCCAAGCUCAGCUGCAAACCGAUCGGCACCCUGAUGCCGGCGCCGAUCGAUCUGUCCAGCAGCCGAAGGACCAAUACCUAUCUACCGUUGCUCAGGGUGAGGAGCGGUUUGCUUAAACAGGAGCCGGAAGUCAGCUCCACGGCAAGUUCGCCCGACGAGUCGCAACUUUGGCAUCCUUUGUUCGGCAGCCAGAAGAGGCAGCAACAACACCACCAACAGCACCAGCAACAACAGAAUCAACACAGCCAGCAGCAGCAGCAGCAGCAACAGCAGCAACAACAACAACAACAACAACAACAACACAAACAAAAUCAUCAUCAACAACAACAACAACAACAUCAGCAUCAGCAUCAACAUCAACAACAGCAUCAACACCAGCACCAGCACCAACACGCCUCCUGGCACAGGACCACCUUGGCGUCCUGACCACAGUGACCUUGACCCUGGCCACAGGUCGAGUAGUCCUGAUAAAAGAGAGGAGAGAGCAUUCUUCCCGCUGUUGACCGAAACGCGAUCGAUCGUCGCGACAUCUUCUUUCGCGGUUCGAUAGAAAGGAAUAUUCGAGAGAAAAAGAAGAAGAAGAAUAAGGAGGAGGAGGAAAAGAAGAAGGGAAGGAGGAAUCAAUCAAAACCGCCGUCAAAUACCAAAAGAAUGCUCCACACGACCGGUGUUCCUACAAACAUUUGAACAUUCUCUUCGUCGACCUAUUCACCGCGAUACUCUUCGUCGAAAGACCUUCUCUUUGAUCAUCGUCGCUGCACAAAUUUCCCGUGUUCCACGAUAGUGAGCCGCCAUUGCUGUGCUCAUCGUGAUUUCCUCUCCAUAGAGAACUCUCUCUCUCUCUCUCUCUCUUUUCCUCUCUGUCUAUUCCAUUUUC